AUGAGCGGCAAAUACGUUCCACCCGGCAGACGUGGCAAGCUUGAAGAUGCUGCUGGCGAGAAACCACCCUCGGAGGACGAAUCUUUGUGGGAGACAGACAACAUCAUCUUCACCAAGUCCAGCCUGCAUCUCCUCCCGGCGCAGCUAGCAGAUGACCCAAGUAAAGCCCCAUCCUCAACUGAACAGGUGGGCCCAGCCGGUGCAUCUGCAUCUGAAGCAGCUGAAGCAGACAAAGGCUCCAAUGUUGAAGGCAAUGCGGUAAAUGCAGACACCAGGCCGGAGGAGAGUCCAGCGGAGCAGGAGGAGCCUACAAAGGAACCACGAACUCCCAUCGCCGUCUUCAAGCAUGCCCGCAAAGGUCAAGUAGGUCGCUUUCUGCGAUUCGAUGGCUGGUAUCAGAUCGAAAAGCUAGCAUACCUCGCCCCCGAAAGCCCAGAGUUGGUCAAGAUGCUGGAGAAGAAGUGGAACAAGACAGAUAGGUUUGGCAAUGCCAGGCCACAGCAGCGAAGUGAGGCGCAGUGGAGGGAGAGUCUCAGGCAUCGCUGGGCAGUCUUGAAGCUGAAGAAAGACGAGGACGCUGAGAAGGAGCUGGGUGUGCCCAAGAUUGGCCGUCUGCCUGAACUUGAUCCAGAGAGUCCCAAAGUAGCCAAGAAGACCGUGAACGAGAUGCUUGCGGAGAUGCGGAUGGGUGGCCAGGGUGACCAGAAGACGGACAGUAGAGUUAAGGGGUCGGAGUGA